AUGCAAGUUUCUUACUCUUUAUCUCCUUCUCUCAUGACUGCGGAGGACGACAGCUGUAUUCUAGAAGCCCCGGGGGAGUCUCCCGCUCCACAGCAGCAGCAGCAGCAGCAGCAGCAGCAGCAGCAGCAGCAGCAGCAGGUGCUGCAUGAGCACGAAGAGCCCGUUGAUUUUCUCUUAUUAGAAGACAAAACAGAAGGCAUAGAGUGGGCGUUAUCAUCAGAGAGUAAAGCAGCAGAUUGCAUGCUGCAGCAGCAGCAGCAGCAGCAGCAGCAGCAACAGCAACAGCAAGAGGAGGAAGAGCAGCUGCUGAUGAUGCAGCAGAUGCAGCAGCAGCUGCAGCAGCAGGAUGUGCUGCAGCUGCAGCAGCAGCAAGAGGAGGAGGAGCAGCAGCAGUUUCUAUGGGAGCAGCCACAAGAAGAAGAAGCAGCACCAUAUAAAUAUAUAAAUUUUAUUUGUUUUGUUUUUUUAUAG